AGUUGUGGAAUAUCGAUCCCGAUUUAAAACAUGGAUGAAAGCAAAAAAUAAAUAUUCAAAGUUAAACGCGGCCAAAUGUAACAAAAUUAUAGGUAUAUUUAACUGAACAAUUAGAAAGCAUUUACAGCGUGCUGUAUCAAAGAACGCAAGGAUUGUAGACAAUGAUUUAAUCAGAGUACAGCUUAACUAAUAAUUGAGUUUCACUUCCGGUUUUAUUUCUCUGGGCAAAACAACCAUAACUGUGUCAGAAAAUACUAUUAUGACAAAACAGUACAGUUAUAGCGUAAUAAAAGUUAUGUAACAAAGUUCAAAUCAUUGAAAAGCACCAUGGCCACAAAAGUUGCCGCAAAUCCAGAAAUAGAUAUUUUGAAAGAAGAAAGGGAAGGAAGGCUUCGUGAGGUUGGAAAUCAGGCUGUAUGGUCAUUGUCCUCUUGUAAACCAGGAUUUGGAGUAGAUCAGCUCCUGGACAAUACAGUGGACACAUACUGGCAGUCAGAUGGACCUCAACCUCACCUGGUCAAUAUCCAAUUCAGACGAAAGACCACCAUCCAUGAUGUGUGCAUCUACACAGAUUACAAAGCUGACGAAAGCUACACACCAAAUAGGAUUUCACUAAGAGCUGGCACACACUUUAAUGACCUUAUUGAAGUAGACCAAAUAGAACUCAGUGAACCAGUCGGCUGGGUGUGUGUUCCCAUGAAGGACAUCAAUGAUAAACCAAUCAGGACAUUUAUGGUUCAGAUAGCUGUGCUUUCAAAUCAUCAAAAUGGGCGGGACACACACCUCCGCAGAAUAAAAGUCAGAUCUCCUGUGCAGGACACUUAUGUUGUGAAAACACCCAAGUUCACCAGUCUGGAACUCAUGCAGCUGGCCUAUAUAAAGUGAGAUGUUGCUGAUUGUCAUGUGUGUGUUAAAAGACAUCAACAUGAAUCUCAAACAUUUUAUAAAGAUGGAAAGAGAAAAAUUCAGAUACUGGUAGAACUCACAUUCACUUUAAUUCUUUCAAAGUGAAAAUUUUUCUUCUUCGGUUGUUUAUUGAACAAAUGAAACAACUGAGUUUGUAAUGUUUUAUUGUAUAUUACCAUAGACUGUUCCCCAAAAAGUGUUCAUCAUAGAUACUUGUAAUAUAGAAUUCAAAACACUA